AUGGUUUCCUGGAGACAACCAUUCAGUGGCCGCUCCGACGCGGCUGUUGCGACCGCGAGCAACGAUGCCGAAUUUUCCGACGGAAGCUUGAAAUACGUAGGUGAAACAGGCGGGAACAGUAACGCUGUCACGUAUCAGGAGGCCACUGGAGCGCCCGUCGAAAAUGAGUCGCCUUUGGGCUACGAUGUUGGUCCGUUCACAAUCGUCUUGAUCAAUGUCACUAUGAUGAUUGGCACUGGCAUUUACUCUACGCCCUCUGCCAUCUUGCACGGUACUGGUUCGGUUGGUCUCACGUUCAUCUACUGGACUUUAGGUUAUUUACUCUGCAUUGCGUCCGGUGCAGUUUACUUGGAGUUCACCGCCUACUUCCCCAGUCGAUCAGGUUCCGAGGUUGUCUUCCUCGAACAAGCAUUCCCUCGCCCUACCUGGUUUUUCCCAACUACCUUUGCUGUGCAGAGUGUCCUCUUGUCAUUCGGUAGCAGCAACGCUGUUGGUCUGGUUUUCAACACCAAAUACGCCUACUGGUUUCAAAAUGCAAUUGGCGUUGUCAAAAUUCUUACCCUCAUAUUCAUCAUCAUUACUGGGUUUGUGGUCUUAGGUGGGCAUACCCCAGUUGAGGACCCCAAGGUCAAUUUCCGAGACGCAUUCGGAGGCACAGGCUCAGCUACUGCAUACGGUCUCACCAAUGCGCUGUAUCGCAUCAUUUUCUCUUAUGGUGGUUACAAUAACGCUUUCAAUCUCGCCAACGAAGUCAAGAACCCUGUUCAGUCACUCAAGAAAUAUGCCUUUACUGCACUGACAAUAGUAUAUGUUCUUUACAUGUUCGCCAAUGUCGCUUGGCUUUCGGCAGUCCCCAAGGAAGAGCUCGAGAAUUCCGGGUUAACAGCAGCAAGCUUGUUCUUUAGUAAGGUGCUCGGAAACAGUGCAGCAGUACGAGGCCUUAACUUUCUCAUUGCUUUAAGUGCUUUUGGAAACAUCAUGGCCGUCAUUGUUGGACUGUCCCGGCGACUUCGAGAGUGUGGAAGACAAGGUGUCCUCCCGUGGACUCCAUUCUGGGUCUCUACCAAGCCAUUUGGAACACCCCUCGGACCUUAUUUCACUACUUGGGCCAUUACUUCCCUUAUGAUUCUUGCCAUCCCGUCUGGUGACGCCUUUAACUUCGUGAGUGACCUGGCUGUUUACCCGGGUGCGGCUUUCAAUCUUGCAAUGGCCGUGGGGCUCUACGUUGUGCGCUGGCGUCGCAAGCGUGCAAACCUCCCUCCUCCUGAGUUUAAGGCUUGGCACAUUCUUGUCAUUUUCAACAUCUUGGUCCAGUUAUUCGUCAUUAUUAUGCCUUGGUAUCCUCCCGAGGGUGGAAUGUACGCCGGCGAUGUCAGCUUCUGGUAUGCUACGUACGUUGUGACAGGAAUCGGAAUCCUCAUAGCAUGCGGUUUGUAUUACUAUUUCUGGGCGACCCUGUUGCCAAACUGGAAGGGUUAUCAGUUGCGAUCAGAAGCCGUUACUCUUGACAACGGUGUUCAGAGUCAUGAAAUUAGAAAGGUCCCUGUCAGUGAGUUGGAUGAGUGGGAGGCGACACAUGAUGUCACUGGUCGUCUUCGUCAACGCGCAGUGCUCCAGUCUGAGGUUCCUGAGAAAGAGUCCCCUCUGUCCAGUGAUUCUGAGGCCAAGGUCUGA